AUUCUUUUGACAGCUCUUAUAACCUAACAUUAGUUUUAGAUUUAUUUUUGUUAAAUUUCUGUAAAAAUGGUAUAUUAUUUUGAAAGUAACGUCGUUUCACCACCAGUUACCCUGUUUAUGGGUUUCGAUAAAAACGAAAAUGAAGAUCUAAUAAGAUGGGGAUGGCCGGAAGAUGUUUGGUUUCACGUUGAUAAAGUAUCAUCGGCCCACGUGUACUUGAGAUUAAGACCUGGACAAACAAUAGACGACAUUCCGUCUGUGGUAUUGGAAGACGCGGCACAAUUAGUUAAAGCGAAUAGUAUAAAUGGUAAUAAAAUGAACGAUGUCGGUAUUGUGUAUACGAUGUGGUCGAAUUUGAAGAAAACACCCGGUAUGGAAGUAGGCCAAGUAGGAUUCCACAAAGAAAAAGAAGUAAGGAGAAUACAAGUUGCAAAAAGAAUAAACGAAAUUGUUAAUAGGUUGAACAAAACGAAACGCGAAGAACAUCCAGAUUUUAGGGCGGAACGUGAGAAAAGGGACAGACUCGAAAGGGAGGAUAAGAAACAAUUGUUGAGGGAACAGAAGAAGAAGGAGGAGGAAGAGGAAAAAAGGAGGAGAGAAGAUGCUGAACUUCGAAGUUAUAAUUCUUUGAUGAGUUCGGAUAAUAUGGCGAAAUAUGAUGACGGGAAUGAAUCUGAUGAUUUUAUGUAACGAAAAUUAAUGAUCAUUAAAAUUAUGAAAAUUU